GUCCAGGAUGUACCAUGAAUUAAUUAAUGGAUCUUUAUUGGGAGCUAUAUUUUCAGGCAUGCAAAAUAAGAAACAUACUUCCUGUGUAGAAAAAGUUCAGAUAACUUGUGUCCUAAAAAAACUUUUUAAUUCAGGCAAAAUUAAUCAUUAGUCAUUAGGAAUUAACAUCUACAGGAACCCUUAAAGGGCCUAUGUUCAUUCAUUUGUUUUCAAGCACUUAAUCAUUCACAUGUGGGUCACAGGGUUGCUGGAGCCAAUCCCAGCUGACAUUGGGCAAAAAGCAGAGUGCACCCUGGACGGGUAGCCAGUCCAUCACAGGUCAAACAUACAAAGACCUAUUGUCAAUUUAGAGUGUCCAAUUAACCUCUGCAUGUUUUGGACUUGUGGGAAGGAAUCAGAGAAUCUGCCCACACACACAUGGUGAGAACAUGCAUACCUCAUUGCUCAGAGGCAACCGUGCUAGCCACGUGCGCCUGUGUGUGGCCCAUUCCUGUGUUUAUAAAUUCAGUAUACAAGCAAAUUAUUGUUGUUGGCAAAUUCUUCACACUCUAGGUCAUUUGACCUACAACAUUUAGACCAAAUUAGACUUUUCUAGGUAUGUUGACAAAAAUGUGCUUAAUUACAAAGAUACGAUCCAAUGUUUUGAUUCACAGGUGGCUUAUAUACGUCCCUGACUACACACUACACUUAUUAGUACAUUUUCUUAAGAGCUGUGUUAAUGUUUUAUUUUUUCCAACUGGUUUUGUCAUUGUCAUUUUCAUGAUAACACAUGUUUUGCCUGUUGAUUGCUUUAAUUUAGGUUCUAAUCUAUAUUCAUGUUUGGAUUAUGUUUCAGACAAAACCACCAUCACGAGACAGUUGUAUUACAAAGCAGAUGUUAAAUAACCAAAUUAGGAAUCCAGAUGAUGUUAAUGAAUAAUGAAAAUAUCUUAUUUUCUGCACAAUUUAAAGAACAGUAAAUUACUACUGACACGUGAACGCAUCAUUAGUGACGAAGUAAUAAGACCUGCCAUUACGUUUAAUUAAGAAGCUACUUUUCCUCGUUAUACUGAAAAAGUGUUUUCACAGCUGUUGAACAGUAUAAUGUUCAGAGCAAUACAUCGGGUGUUGAGGCUGAUCAUGUUCAUGGGAAAACAGAGUCAGCUUCGUAGUUUAAAGUCUGCAGGGGGGUUAAUGUGUCUUCUGUGGACUGAAGAUGGAUGCUGUGCCCAAAUUGUAAACUGCACUGUGGCAGCUGCUGGUCCCUGGUUCAAAGGGAUUCAAAUGAAAGAACUCCAGACUGUCUUUGCAGACAUGAAGGAGAGCAGGUUUCCCUGCACAUGUCUGUGUCCUGAUCCUGACCCUGAGGAGCUGUGUGCCUUCACUGAACUGUAUGGCUCACUCAAAGUACUUGUGUCCUUUCAGAUGAAAGAGGCAAGUAUAUUCAGCCCAGAGUGGCAAGCUCAUAUAGAGACGUUCCUACGCAUGUUCAGUUUGGCCAAUGCAGGGAUUAAAAUCCACCUCAAAUUCAAAUUUAACCAGCAGACCACCCAGCCAGAAUUCAGAGUGAAAAACAAAAUUAAAGUUGCACAGGCAGGAGACGUUUCAUUGAUUUUGGAUGUCACCUGUAAUAUACAGCCUCCAGAGUGGGUGAAGAAGGGAUGUUGGUGUGAGGGAGGACACCCGGUCCUUGGAGGCAGGCUUCCUCUAAGUAUCCCACCUCAAGCCAUGGAUCGGGGCCUGUACGGGGAGCUCAGCAUCCAGCCUGUCACACUCCUUAGGCCCUGUGUGCUACAGUUGUGGUUUACAGCCCCAGUAAUGUUCCUAUUACAUGCCCCUCCACUUUCCUCCAGAACCUUCCUGCUCAUCUGGACUAUGAAGACCUGAGUCUGCACAGCUUUCACAGCUCCUCUUUCAAAGAUCUUGGGCUCAAAGGUGGCACUGUGUAUGCAGUAGAGCAAGACAACUGGGAGGGGGAGUCAAGUCUUCCUACAAUGCAGCAGAGUCUCCUGCUUUUCCUCUUCCUGCAGCACACCGACCCUUUCACCUCU